UUUUUCCUUGAAAGUCCCAAAUAGAGAAGAAAGGGUGGUGACUGCGUAAGAAUUAUCUAGCUAGGGUUUUACUCUAUAUUCUUCUUCACACUUCUCUGGCGGUGGCGGGAAAUUUCAUAAUCAACGAUUUCUCCGAUCAUCUCUGGUUCUCAUUCGAGCUUCGGGUAUAACCAGCCACUGGUCUUGGUCCUUCUAUUUACUUAAUUAGGCUUAAAGGGGGGAUUUCUAGGUAAUAGACAUGGAAGUAGAGCAUCAGUGUCUUUCCCAGAAAUGGUACUUUAGUAGACAAGAAAUAGAAGAAUAUUCUCCAUCAAGAAAACAUGGCAUUGAUCUUUGUGCAGAAAUGGCUGUGAGAAAGCUAUACUCUUCAUUUUUGCAAGAGCUUGGAAUGGAGCUUAAAGUGCCACAGCAGACCAUUGCAACUGCAAUAAUGUUCUGCCAUCGAUUUUAUCUGCGACAUUCUCUUGCCAAGAAUGACUGGCAGACUAUAGCAUCUGCGUGCAUGUUCCUCGCUUGCAAGGUUGAGGAGACACCACGGAAGAUCAAUAGUUUUGUUGUCUACGCUUAUAAGCGGAUGCACCAAUCGGAUGUAAAAGCUUCUCAAAGAAUUAUAGAGAAAGAAGUCCUUGACAAACAAAAGAACUUGAUCUUAAUUGGAGAGAAAAUGAUAUUGGCAACAAUUGCCUAUGAUAUGAAUCUAGAACAUCCUUACAAGCCGUUAGUUGCAGCUCUGAAGAAUUUGAAUAUUUCCAACAGGGAGAUUCCAAAAGUCGCAUGGAAUUAUGUUAAUGACUGCCUUCAGACAACGCUUUGUCUGCAGUACAAACCCGGUUAUGUUGCAGCUGGUUCAUUAUUCCUUGCAGCCAAGCAUCUAGGAGUUAAACUUCCAAUCCAAAAUGGAAAGGCUUGGCGGAUGCAGUUUGAUAUUUCACGAAAACUUUUAGAAGAGGUCGUCCAGGAGAUGGUUACUUUGUUGAACAUGAAUAUACAACCACCACCUUCAUCUGGAAGGGUAAUCCAAUCCAAACCUGCAGUUCACAAUAUGAAAUCCGACAGUUCCAAAUCUUGCACUAUAAAUGUCUCCCCUGUUGGUGGUGCUGCUAAUACUGCAACAUCUGAGGUCAGGUUGACAGAUGAUUCUCCUUCUGACCGGCCUAGUUUACCAGAGAAGACAAGUCAGGAAAGUAAUUCUGGAACCACAGUCAGUGUUGUUGAAGAUAACAAUGGUGAACCAAGAGACGUUGAAUCAUGUCAAAAUCCCAAUUACAAAUUUGUCUCCUCUCUAAGUGUUGGGCGGCAAUUAGACAUGGACCAGAAUCAGAUUAGAGAGAUGUCUAAGAGGAAGAGAAGCGAAGAAUAUGGAACAAGGAAGUUGGUGAAUCACUGUGCCUUGAGGUGAAUAAUGAAGGAUGGAUAUAGUAAACUGAAGACAAUUAGGAAUAGGUACCACAUUAUGGAGGUGAAAAAUACACUUGAUUGCACAGUUGAUACGGGAAGGAAAUUUUAGACAAGAACUGCUCAUUUCUCUUGAGAUCUAGUUUGAACUUAAUCUUUUUGGGGUUUCAAAUGAAACUGUUUUUAUCGGCCUCAAUUUGUAAGUACUUUUUUUGUUUUUUUUGAUAAACGACUUAAUAUGU